CUUCCCAGCAGCCUUUGCUGGCUCUCCCCCAGCCAAACAAAGAGAGCAGGGGCUUUCAAAUUGCUGCAGCCUCACGCCGAAUUGGGUACCGGAGAGGGGCCGGCGGGGGCCUCGCUAGUGGAGCCCAGCCGGGCUGGCAGCGGCUCAACGUGGCCUGGCUCGUUCCCACUCGCCGUACGUAGACACGGGGGGUUGGACUCAUGGUGAAGAACUGAACAGCUUGGUAACCUAAAGGGAGGGCUCUGAAGCAGCACACAGUGAUGAUUUGCUCACUGAAGGUGUCUUGUGGCUUAAAGGAAAAGGGUUACAGAGCUCCAUUGUGACUCUGCCUCCCUGCUGUGACCUGCCUGAAUGACCCUGCCAUACCUUCCAUAUGGAAUCCUGUCAGCUGGCAGUGCUAGUACUGAGAUUUACUGGCUGAAGACAGCUAGCUGAGCCCAAGAGAGUUGAUCCACAGUUUGGUAUGUGAGACAUAUGCCAACCCCCCAGUUGGGACACUAGCAAGUUGGAUUUAGCCUGCCACUUACCCCCUCAGCGUGACCGGCCCAGGAUGUAUGGGCUGCCACUCUCAUUCCAACAGGCUGGAAGUUGAAUCUCUUUCCACUUUGACAAGGGAGACACUCCAUUGCUGUGCCAUUUCCUUCCUGUUCCUCUCCCACAAAGAGCUGCAAGCCUGAAAAGAGUGGAUCCUUCUAUGUCUCUGAUGACCAGGACAGCAUCCUGCAGCCACUAUUGGUCUGGAGCUGUGGUGACUCCAGAAAGGGCCAUGGCAACUAUAGGCAGCCCUGGGACACAAAACUAGCAGAGGCUUAACCUCUUCGCUUGCACGGCAUGCCCUCUUGUGCCACGGAUACUACCUCUGUUACUACCCACCAAGUGCCUUGUCUCCUUAACUGGCUUCUGGGACAGGAGUAAUGUCACUAUGGUCCUUGUGGGAGGAACAUGGCCCAGCUGGCUGCGCUAGCAGGAGUCCCAACUAAGGAUGUAGCUACAGAACACUAGCACAAAAAAGCAAAUCGGGAGGGGCUUUGAUCCAUGCCCUUUGUCCUGCCAAGUGAGCGAUGGGCCGCUUGGACGACCAUGCCAAGAAGCGGAUAGUGGAGCUGCGCAAAGCCGGGCUGAGCUUCCGCAAAAUCAAGAAAGUCCUAGAGCUGGACAAUAUCCGGGUGACCCCGCAAGCUGUCUACCUGUUCCUCAAGCGUAAGAAUGUGGAGCCAGCACAGCCUCCAGGAGCCUCCCAUUUCCAACCAGCUGGAGGCCGGGGGAGCAGGAGAAUGGCCAUCAGCCGGGCUGGUUGGGAGGAUGAGCAGCUCUGGAACUUGCUGCAGGAAAAUGAGACUGAUCAGAACAAGCAGGCAGAGCCCAGAGGCAGCAGGCAGCCAGGUCCCAGGACCCCAGCACUCCCCGGAAGAGCCACCGUGAGCUGCAAGGAGCCACACCUCAAUGACAACCAAGACUGCAAGGAUGGCAUCAAAAUAGUCAGCGUGACCUCACUGUGGAAGGAUAGUGGGCCGUUUGGGAAGGUGCCUACAGUGCCCAUGGGCCCAUCUCCAGCAGCACAGCUAUCCCCUAUUAACAGUGACGACUGCUCUGGGACUCUGACUUCAGCUUUGGGUAACCACCCGGCUCCGCUCCCACCAGCUAUGGCGCAGCAGCAGCUGAACACCAGGGGCAGGAUGUUCUUGUUGCCUGCCAGGAAUCCAGCCUUAAUUGUGAAGAAGAAGAUUGUGGACAGGGCCAUCCACCUCCAGAAAAAGGCAGCCAUUCAUAACGGGCAUAGUCCAUCUGAUUCGACAACUGUCCUGCCCUUCUUGGUGGGAGUGCAGCCGGCCAACCAGCAUCCCAGGGCAAACCCAUCUGUCGUGGCAGCCUCUAUGAGCCGCAGUGCACAUGUCAAAGAUGCCAGCACCCAAACAGCCUUGCUUAACUCUGCAUGUUCUUCAGGCAAUCAGAUCCCUGUGUUGGGUGGGCAGAUGCUGGCCCCCUCACCCACCUCCCAUGCCAUUGCCGAGAAGCUGGAUGCUGUACACAAUCAGGUGCAGAAACUGACACAUGCAGUGCACGCGGUGCUAGAGAGGCAGUGCCGCAUGGAGCGCCAGCAGGAGCAGCAGCAGCGUUUCCAGCAAGAGGUGCUGAUGGCGCUUCAGCAGCUCAGCUCCACCGUGAGCCAUGGGACAGUGCCAGGAAACGAGCCCUGUGUCCCCUUCAGCAGCAUGGCUGAUCCUUCGCCCCCUGUGCCAAACUUCAGCCAAUUCAGGAUGGAGCUAAUCUGAUGAAAGGCUGAUGCCAGCAUUCAUGGGCCUGGGCAUAAGAGUGGCCUGGAGCUAGCUCUGGACAAAGCAGCUGGCAUGGGCCACCCUAGCUGAAAUAUAAAGGGAUCUCAAGCAGGCAGCUGCAGCUGAGUGAAGAGAAGCAGGCAUUAACACUUCAUAAACUGCAGCUCUAAGAGCCUGGCUAAGGCCCUGCUACUGCAAGAACAGAAGACUGGGAGGAGGAAGGCCACCAAUAACACCUAGACUCAGUCUGCUUUGGCCUAGUUAAUCCAGCCCUGCUGUCCCCAGGAAGAGGCAUGUACCAAUGGGAAGCUGAAACAUGCCAAAGGAAAGCCUUAAUUCUAGCCACUAUAUACAGCAAAUGAAAUACUGGUUUAGCUCCCAAGGCCCAGGCCCAAAGGAUAUGGAACUCCAGCAGCUUAGAGAGGCUGUCUACAGCCAAGCACCAUGCUACAUUGGAAGGAAAACAUGGUGGCAGGCAUCACUCUCUCUUUGGCAGGGCAAGCAUUUAAUGUUUACACAGGGAAGGGAGCGUGAGCAUUAGAAUGUCCAGGAGCUUGGGUUUUGGAUGUUUUUUUGCCCUUUCUUUCAGAGUGGUAUAUGGAGAGUAAAAUAAUCUCAGUAAAGUCUGUACACCCACUGCUCUAGAAACAGACUGGACUCUGUGUGGCAUGCUGGUUGUUUUUCAUACACCAACCUCCCUAUAAGAGAGUGACUCCACGGUAAUGAGAGACCAGCUGCAAUCACACCUAUCUACAGCUAAAGUACUGGAACAGUGAAGCCAGGGCAGUGCAUGCUGCAGGGUAGGCUAGCUGCAGGGAUAAUGAGCCAGUGUUCCAGGCAAGCUUGUACCCCUACACCAGCUGCACUCAUGCUCCAGGAUUGAUGGAGGGUGGAGGAUUCUCCUGCAAUGACCAAAAUUUAUGGAAUAAGGAGCAGAGGUAGGAACUGCUCACUUCAUUGCACUUGAGGCCAAGUGCUAGUAAGUCCUCUCCCUGCCCCUUGAUCCCAGAGAAACCAAGGAUAGCUGUGGCAGUUGACCACAACUUAAACAGCCCCAUUCUUCCAUUGCUGCAUUUGGGUUGCUGUACAAUAAAAAACAUCUGAAUACAACACAGGGUACAUAAUAUGGGGUGGACUGGGACUGUGGCACGGGGCUCAUCGGGUACAUAACGCGGGGUGGAGUGGGUCUGUCAGAUGGGGCUC